UGAAGCAGCAUUAGCCUUGUUGAUGUUACAGAGCUAAAUAAUAGUUAGCAAGGUAGCUACUAUAAUGAAAGUAGUGCCAGCGAAUGUACUAGCUUAACGCACUUCUAUUUUUCGAUGUUUGGAACAAUUUGCCGGUGGACUUAGCUUGGUCUGACUUCCUGUUAAGCUUUAUUUUGACAAAGUAGCCAUUGUGUAGCCAUUCUGCAGGAUGGAAAGCUAUGAUGAGUUCAUUACAAAACAAACAAACCGAAUAAGGAGUAACAUCACUGAAACACCUGAGCUAACAACCCACCAACAGUCAACAACAAUCCGAUUUCACGGGUUUUCCAUUCUGCCUCCUGUGUUGAACAAGGAGCAGAAAGAGGAAAUCCAACGGCUUAGAGAAGCAGCUGCUAAUCUACCGAAUAACAGAAAACCAUCUUUCUCCUCUCGGAUCUCACAUGUACAGGCAAUUCUUGACAGCGUUCAGUUACGAAGGGCACCGACAAUAAAUGACUUUAAGGAUGAGACUGGACCUACAACUACACCGAACACUGCAUGCCAAAGUAUCACUUUGAGUUCUGGACUUAAAAAUAUGUGUGAUGACAUUACUGAAAAUCAGUGGAAUUUAUCCUCCUCACCUACUCUUCAAAUACUUGGUGAAAAAGUGCCAAUAAUGAGCAGUCACCCACUCACGUCUACAGCUUGUGAGGUCCAUGCCGGUUCUAGCCUUAAACUUUUUAAAGGAGAGGAUUUAUUAGAGAGCAGCUGUACAACUGUUCUGUUUGAAGGAGUUCCUGUGUUGGGGCACAGAGUAGAACGAGAUGCUGAUGUAAACACCAGUUACAGAGCUGACUUUCUGCUGUCUCAUUCGGAAAAACACACUCAUUUUGAUGUUAGCCAUCAAGCACUGUCAUCCGGAUAUGUCACCAAUGAAACUUCAGAUGCAAUUUCAAGCUUAGCUGAGGAAACAGAAAAAUUCACAGAAGGCACAGAGGGCGAACCAUCGGAAGUUGGUGACUUUGUAUUAAAUACCUUAAACUUGAGAAACAAGAGUGAAAUUAUCAGCCACACUCCGAUAGAUGGAGAAGUCCUGGAGGAGGAGUAUGCAGUCUCCACCCAGGUUCCUCAUAAAGUAACAGAGCCAUUAAAUCCAGUGGAACCAGACUCAACUGACGGACCUUACCGUACAAGUCUUCAGAACCUUCUGAAGAAAUCCCAAGAGCACAGACGGCGCCAGCGUCUGCUCCGCAACCAGGCAAAGGCUUUAAAAGCCACUGAACCUGGAUGUGCUGGUGAACGGAGCCUGUCUGACAAAGAAAAUGAGCUGAUCCUUCCUGGAACAACUGAACUCAGGAAAAUAAAGGAGAAGACAAUGGACCAGGAGACAUGUACAUCAGUGGUAGAGAGAGGAAGUAUAGAGCCACUUGAAGUGGUCAGCCUUGCUGAACAAACACGCACUACUAAAUCGGAUGUUUCACUUAAUAUCAUUUCAUCUACAAAAAAGUCAAAUACUUCCUCUGGAAAAGCAUUGUCAUCUUUUGUAAACCAUCCAAAUAAAGCCGGCAGUCCUGCUCGGCCCAGUACAGCACCAGUACCCACCACAGCAAAAUCUCUUUACCAGUCAAAGGGAAAGAAAACAGGCAGUUUGCUGCCCAAACCUUGUCUAACAGGGAACAAAAAAUUUAAGAAUGUCCCAACCCCUAAGUUUUGCUUAAGCCCAGUGCGCAGUAAGAAAGGCAGUGCCAUUCCUGGCCCAGUCAACAAGCUUUUAGCAAAAACAUCUCUCCCACUAAAUAAUGAAACAGUGCCAAAUCCAUUAGUUCAUGCCAAAUGCGAAACUGUGACCUCAGCAGGUACUGAAGUGGGUGCAUCAUUUUGCAGGAGCAUGGAUCAAGCUGAGCAAAUUACUCAACUCGAGCUUAACCUGUCCAGCCUUAAAGUACUGAUCUCAGAUCUGGAGUCCACAAUCACAGAGUCUCAGGCACACAAUCCAACAGAGUCUGCCAACAACUCCCAGCUUGCAGAACAAAGCAUCAUCAGUCUGCCUGCCAGUGAUAGAAAAUCUCCAUGUGCUGUUCCCUUCAGUGAGCUGGUGCAGCAAGAAGUCCUAACUAAGGAUUAUGGGAUACAGAUCAAACAGCAUGAGCUGGGGCAAUGUGUCACCUCCCUGGUGCAGAAAAUGAGGAUGACAGAGGCUUUCCCUGCUAUUAACAGUUUAAAACAGAGGACCGCUGUUUUUUCAGAUGGUUACAAACAGCCUGAAGAGUGGAAGAAUGCCUCAGGCGAGAAAAACAAAGAAUCUGAGAACACAGAAGAGUCACUGAAUGGCUCAUCUCUUAAUCGGUCGUAUGAUGUGGACACUCCUUCAGGACUGUGGUCACAGGCUGGGACUGUAGGCAAACAGUUGACACCGGAGCUGGGAGGUCAAGAGGGAGUGUCACGUGCCAAACGCAGACUGCUUAUGAAUAUUACAGAUGGGAAAACACCAGUGCAAUGGGGCGAGGAAAAACAGCCUCAAUCCAGCACUCCUAGAGCGAUGCAGAAGCCUGUGCAUGAAGAGCAGCAGAGUGAUGAACAUGAAGCGCAGGGCAUGGCUCUGAUGGAGGAACAGCGCAGACAGCAACAGGAGCUGCUGCAGCCUUUCUCAACCUUGGUCCAUCCAUUCAUAUCUUUUCUCUUUCUCCUCCAGUCUCUAGCAACAAAGUACCAAUUCCUUAGGAGCGUGUCCUUCCCGUGUUCCCGUGCAGGGCUACGUCUAGAGGACAUGGCAACCUCUUCGCUAUGCCCCUCCUCUGUUUCCAUGGGUCUGGGCUCCUCCUCACACCUCCCUGAAUUUACACUGGCAGAGCUGAGCUCUCUCUCAGAUUCCUUCCACAUCCUACAGUCCCGUGGCUCUCUUCCUGCGUGUCAUCUCCCCCUGGUGGCAGCAGCUGUGAAAGGCUACCUGACUCGCAGACUUCUCCGCACAGACAGAGUGGUUCAGCUCAUCAGGACCAUUAAGGACACUCGGCUCUUCCUUCAAGGCUUUCAGCCUCCCACACCAGGUAGAGAGUACAGCAGCAGGCAGGACCAAGCCCUGCAGGAGCGAGUCUCACUACAGCUGCGCUCAGCCCGCUUUGAACUGCAUGACCUGUUCUUCAGCGUGACUCCUGCAGAGCGCAUGCAGGUAAUCAGCUGGGACCGACAGCUGGCCAGAGAGAGGGAGCUCAGACAAAAGGAGAGUAAGGAGCUGCAGGGCAGAAGGAAAAGUUCUCUGUCUGCUGCUACCAGGAAAGCUUUGGAGAGGAAAAGGACAGUGAUGUUACAGAAGAAAGCAGCAGAAAAGACAAAGCUGGCAGUGGGUGUCGAGAAGGAAUGGACAUUUGUGCCAAACCCAAAGAGGGUGCCAAAGAAGACCACUCCAUUACGGCGCAGGUGAAGAGCUCAAAGCUCAGUCUGCUGCAACCACAAAACACGGAAAUGCCAACAGCUCAAGAGGCCUUGCUGACAUUCACCACCUCAUAUUUUUGUUAUUGCAAAAUGCCUUAAUUGUUUUGGAAUUUAGAAACAUUUACUAUUUAUUUAAAAAAUGUAGUGAGAAGUGUUUAAAAGCCUUGUGACCUUUAUCUUAUUUUGUAUUUGUGUCACUUUCUAAUAAAUUAUUGAUAAUAAA